AUGACUGAAGGCAAGAGGAAGACAGCCCUGGAAACCAGCCAGGCAGCUGCAACAGACAGGCGUUGUGCAACAUUUGUAGUGUGUGAAGAGGACCAUAAUCUAGGAAACUCUUUGGGGUAUGUGACCACGAAAAAACCAGAAGUGGAAUUUUGUGGUUACACUAAGACCCAUCCUUCAGAGAUCAAAUUUAAUUUGCUCAUUCAGAUGCAUGGUAUUCUUCCAACUGGUGAGGUCUUUCAGAGAGGCCUGGUAGAGGCCAUGACUCUCUGCCAGCCAUGUGCUUGA